AUGUCAGCACUCACAGAGAAAGGUGCGUCUGGGGCAGCACUCACAGAGAAAGGUGCGUCUGGGGCAGCACUCACAGAGAAAGGUGCGUCUGGGGCAGCACUCACAGAGAAAGGUGCGUCUGGGGCAGCACUCACAGAGAAAGGUGCGUCUGGGGCAGCACUCACAGAGAAAGGUGCGUCUGGGGCAGCACUCACAGAGAAAGGUGCGUCUGGGGCAGCACUCACAGAGAAAGGUGCGUCUGGGGCAGCACUCACAGAGAAAGGUGCGUCUGGGGCAGCACUCACAGAGAAAGGUGCGUCUGGGGCAGCACUCACAGAGAAAGGUGCGUCUGGGGCAGCACUCACAGAGAAAGGUGCGUCUGGGGCAGCACUCACAGAGAAAGGUGCGUCUGGGGCAGCACUCACAGAGAAAGGUGCGUCUGGGGCAGCACUCACAGAGAAAGGUGCGUCUGGGGCAGCACUCACAGAGAAAGGUGCGUCUGGGGCAGCACUCACAGAGAAAGGUGCGUCUGGGGCAGCACUCACAGAGAAAGGUGCGUCUGGGGCAGCACUCACAGAGAAACGCGGCGAUAUAGAGGAGGCAGCCCAGCAGCAGCAGGCACGCGAACACCCUCUUGGUGCUCUUAAAGCCCGCCUCCCACUUGGGGUCCAACAGAGGUUCCAUGCCAGCUGUGCCGUUUGGCGCCUGUAG